AUGUUAUUUUCACGUUUAUUAGUUCCAAGAAUAAAUUUCAAUGUUUUAUUUCGAUUGAAAUCGAUAGAAACAAAUUUAAUUGAAGAACUUAAUAAAAUUAAAUCAAAAGAUUUAAUGAAGAUAUUGACUGAACAACAAACAAAAGAUUUUCUUCAAUCAAAACGUUUAUUUGGUGGAAAAUUUCAUUCUAUACAACAAUUCAAAAAAGAAUCGAACUUACAAAUUGAUUUUGAUAAAUUUUUUGGUUAUUUAUUAUCAUUGAAUAAACGAGAUGAUGAUCAACAAUAUCGAAUUCAUAUUGAACCUCGUCUGACACCAAAACUUGUUGCCGAUAUUGAUAGUGUUUGUAGUCUGGAUUAUACUUCAUCACAUAUCAAUUGGUCUAUUAUUAAUGUAACAGAUGAUAAGAAACAUUUUCAAGUCAAACAAUGGAAUUCAUUAGAAGUUGAUUUAGAUAAAAAAUAUAAUUUUAUUAAAUCAUUUAAUCAACUAUCUGAUAGUCUUUCAACAAUUCCAUUAAAUGAUGCAAAUGUUCUUCUUGUUGAACAAACAACAUAUCGUUAUCCAAAUAUGAAAUUAGUAACAUAUAUAUCACAAUUACAACAAAUUCGUACAAUUUUAAAUACAUUACUUCAUUGUCAUACGUUAUCAAAACGUCCUAUUUAUCAUAUAUCAGGAAGAGAUGUUGCAGCACAAUUUGGUUUAUUUAUUGGAAAUGAACAAUCAAGUGCAGAAUUUUUUCUAACUAAUCUUAUAUUUAAUAAUAUUGGAAAUAAUCCAAUAUUAUCAUUAGAUAUGGAUGAUCAAUUAAAAACAAUUUAUCAUCAAGCCAAGAAAGGACAAAAAGAACCAAUGGCACAAUGUCUUUUAAGAGGAUUAGCUUUUCUUCAAUGUGUUAAUAGAAAAAAAGACAUUCCGUUAUAA